AUGCAACAAUUGGACACUGGAGAAGAAACCGCGCGAGUUUCGAUGAAGGGUUCAUCAUCAACACAUUGUCGAUACUGUAAGGCUGAUGACCAUUGGUCCGUGAGCUGCCCGUACAAAUCGAUGUACGCGAACGACGAAGAGGAUUCGGAGGCAACAAGAGAUCGCGAUGGAAAACUUGGGACAGCAAUGGGCGCACCAGGUCCGGGCAAGUACGUGGCUCCGGGUAUGCGUGGAGGAGAACGUAGCAUGUUGGGUAGUAGUAUGGAAAAGCAACGAUCCGACGAGAACACGUGCCGAGUGACGAAUCUACCGGAGGAAUGCGACGAAAUUGUUAGUUGUAGCGUUGGAGUGUCGUGA